UUUACCUUUGAUGAAUACGUGGCGUGUGUAUGCUACUCAAAGUGAGUGAGUGUUGACUAUGUGUAAAAUUAAUCAUGUAAAUGUUACCAAGGGUUGUUGUCUGUAAAUGUUGGUUGUAUCUUUCGUCGUUAUCCAAGGGGGCAAAGGUGAAGAGGCAGUUCGUGGACAGGCAAGUGGUCGUAGGCAAGAGCAGGGCAGCGUGGUCUAGUUCCGAGCAGGGAGGUCGUGGAUCGAGGAGGGCAGUUAGGAAUCCAGAUGGGUGUUGAGUGACAAGGCACGAUCACGGAGGUCAGGAGAGUCACUGUGGAAAUACAAAAGGGCAUGAACCAGGGGGAAACACGGAGAGAUAGAGCAAAACAAAGACCAGGAAAUCACUGGGAAAGGAAUGCCAGACGUGAUGCUUACUGGAAGGUUAGCGACGUUCUGGCAAAGGUUCCUUGGGUCCGCUGGUCUUUAUGCCGCUCCCCCUCGUCAAGUCCAGGUGUGCUGAUGACUGAUUGUUUGCAGGCGUGUUGCUGUGUGGGCGUGUUGUGCUCAGCGCGAGCAGAGGUGUGUUUGAGUGUGCUGCCAGCAGAGGUGUGUUUGAGUGUGCUGCCAGCAGAGGGGUUAACAGAGGUGCCUGCAGAGGAAACGUGGGUUGGACUCCGCGUCAUGACAAAAAGCCCUUCAGAUGCAGGAGGCAAGGAGAGGAGAGGAUCUUCAUCAAGUUCUACAAGACUUUGCCGACUCCGUGUUCCACUUGGUGAGGGAGAAGUACCGGUCCCUGGUGGGCGGCUGCAACCCGGCGUUGGUACGACACAAGUCCCUGGCAGGCAUCGUGAUGACCCGAGGUCUGGACAUGAACUAUGCCCAGGUGGUGGCGUUGUCUACAGGCACCAAGUGUAUCAACGGAGAGAAUCUGAGUGACCAGGGACAUGUGGUCAACGACUGUCAUGCUGAAGUGAGCGUACGCAGAGCUCUGCUACGCUUCCUCUACGCACAACUGGAGCUCUUCUUGAGUAAAAGGCCAGAAGACUGGGAACAGUCUAUUUUUGUGCGACACAAGGAGCGCAGCUACAGGGUACGAGACAGCAUCCACUUCCACUUGUACAUUAGCACCUCGCCAUGUGGGGACGGGAGACUCAACUCACCCUACGAAAUCACCAUGGACCUGCAUGGCAGCAGACACCUCAUGAGGAAGCACCGCUGCCAUCUGCGGACCAAAAUCGAGUCCGGCGAGGGAACGGUACCAGUGAGGGGUCGGGGGUCCAUGCAGACGUGGGAUGGAGUUUUACAAGGAGAACAGCUCAUCACCAUGUCCUGCACUGACAAAAUGAGCAGGUGGAACGUUCUUGGCCUGCAGGGGGCACUGCUGAGCCACUUCAUGGAGCCAGUGUACCUGCACAGUGUGACCAUAGGCAGCCUACGCCACACGGGCCAUCUGAGCAGAGUUCUCCACCAAAGGCAGGAACGUCUGGGCCCACUUCCUGCCACGUAUAGACGCAACCAGCCCCUGCUCAGUGGCUUGAGCUGUGCCGAGUAUCAACAUUCGGGGAAGGCCUCGUGCGUGAGCCUCAACUGGACGUUGGGCGACGCACAGUUGGAGGUUGUAAACACAGCAACAGGAAGGAGACGUGACUCAGGGAUGCCCUCACGCCUCUGCAAACACACCUUGUUCACCUGCUGGAGCAGACUUUACUGCAAGCUGGGACUCUCCCGGUUCUUCUCUGAAGACGGCCAUCUUGUUUACCGUCAGGUGAAGAUGGCGGCACGCCCCUACCAGACAGUCAAGCAGCAGUGGUUCAGGUCACUGCAGGAAACGGGCCUGGGCACUUGGGUUAAGAAGCCUCCUGAGGAAGAACAGUUCCUGUUGUCGGACUAAAGAGUGUGUGUGUGUGUGUGUGUGUGUGUGUGUGUGUGUGUGUGUGUGUGUGUGUGUGUGUGUGUGUGUUAACCUUUAUUUUUUUAUUAGGACAAGGUAGAACCAGGAUCUUUGCAAACAGCUUUAUAACUGCAAACUCUUACUUGUCACCAUAGUGUGUGUGUGUGUGUGUGUGUGUGUGUGUGUGUGUGUGUGUUUUGAUCUGUAUGGACCACACAUUCUCUCCUCCACUCCAUAUGAAAAGCGGAAGGUCAACUGGACGUGCUGAAAAGAAGAGCAAAUAAAAAGGAAUGGUGUGCUCCUGUUGGUCUCCUUUAAACACACUGACACAAAUACACAGUCUUCGCCACCAACCCCACCCCCGCCCUCAGGUGUUGCGUCUGUCAAGAAAAGGUGGGGUAACCUUGAGCGAUGUGAAAGGCAGCCGCUAUCUUGUCAUCAGCUAUUUUCAGGCCCCAAAGCUCCCGCAGAGGUGCCCAGCCAAAGGGGAGAAAGCGUGAACGAGACAGAGGAAAGGCAAAAAAGAGAAGGCCUCCGUCCAAUUACCUGUCCUGUCAGGGUGACGGCUGUCGAGGAAGAGGAAGAGGAAGAGAGGGGGAAGAAAGAA